CCCAUGCAGAACUCCGGUAACCGGUAAGACCAAUCAGCCUCUUCCUUUUUUUUUCAACUCCGGCGACCGAGUCGAGACCGAGUCAUGGAUCUCAAAAUUUAUUUCCUCUUUGUCCUCGCGAUUCUAAUUCUGGGUUUGAAAUCCAACGCUUCCGAUCCCUGCCCCUCAAAAGCCGACGGCUCCGAUGAUAUCUCCGUCAUCCCCAUCUACGGCAAAUGCUCGCCGUUCACGGCGCCGAAAACCGAGUCGUGGGUGAACACGGUGAUGAACAUGGCGGCGAAAGACGCGGGCCGAGUGAAGUACCUGUGGAGCCUCGGCGCCCAGAAGAGCGUCGCGGCGCCGAUCGCCUCAGGGCAGCAGGUGCUGAAUAUUGGGAAUUACGUGGUCCGAGUUCAACUCGGGACUCCGGGUCAAGUAAUGUACAUGGUUCUUGACACCAGCAACGACGCCGCAUGGGUGCCGUGCUCCGGCUGCGCCGGCUGCUCCGCCGUCACUUUUUCCUCAAAAACUUCCUCCUCGUUUGCCACUUUGGAUUGCUCCAAGCCAGAAUGCAGCCAGGUCAGGGGUCUCUCUUGUCCGACCACCGGCUCCGCCGAGUGCCUUUUCAACCAAACUUACGGCGGCGACUCCUCUUUUUCCGCCACCCUCGUUCAAGACUCUCUCCAUUUAGGCGGCGACGUAAUCCCAAAUUUCUCCUUCGGCUGCCUCAGCUCCGCCUCCGGCAGCUCCAUUCCGCCGCAAGGCCUAAUGGGCCUCGGCCGCGGGCCCCUCUCUCUAAUCUCCCAAUCCGGUUCACUCUACUCCGGUCUAUUCUCCUACUGCCUUCCCAGUUUCAAAUCCUACUACUUCUCCGGUUCACUCAAACUCGGCCCGGUCGGCCAGCCAAAGGCAAUCCGAACCACCCCGCUUCUGAAGAACCCCCACCGGCCAUCGCUGUACUACGUCAACCUGACAGGAAUCAGCGUCGGCCGGGUCCUCGUCCCGGUUCAGCCCGAGCAUCUCGCAUUCGACCCGAACACUGGAGCUGGAACCAUAAUCGACUCGGGAACCGUAAUAACCCGGUUCGUCUCACCGGUCUACGCGGCGGUUCGGGACGAGUUUAGGAAGCAAGUGGGUGGUUCGUUCUCGCCGCUGGGAGCGUUCGACACGUGUUUCGGGACGAGUAACGAAGUUUCGGCGCCGAGUAUUACGUUCCAUUUCAGCGGCUUGGAUUUGAAACUGCCGAUGGAGAAUAGUUUGAUUCACAGCAGCGCCGGGGCGCUGGCUUGCCUGGCCAUGGCGGCGGCGCCGAAUAAUGUGAACUCGGUGCUGAAUGUGAUUGCCAACUUGCAGCAGCAGAAUCAUCGGAUUUUGUUCGAUGUUGCGAAUUCUAAAUUGGGGAUUGCUCGUGAGCUCUGUAAUUAAACUGAAUCCAUAGCCGACGUGUCGUUUCGGGAUUAUGAAUUAAUAAUUUGGGAAGUGUAUGAAUAUUAUUAGGAUUGAUUUGUGAGUUUUGCUUUUUAGGGGAUGGAUUCCGCUCUUGGAUCCAAUUAUGUUUGUGUAUGGUUAAUGCAUUUCUGAAGAUAAUGGUAAUAGCAUCGUUUUAAUGGGCUUGGCCCAUUGCAUUUUGGGCCUAAGGCCUACAAA